AGGAGCUCAAGACAGUGACAAUGGGGUUGAGUAACAAUGGGACAGAUCAGUCGUUCGAAGCCAAACCUGCAGUGGCAAGCAUCAUCCUGAGCCUGGCUUGCCUCUUCGGAGUUCCGGGGAAUGCACUGGUCAUCUGGAUAAUACUUUUUACAAUGAGGACGCAAAGAUCCCCCACUGUGGUGCUCAUCCUGAACUUGGCAAUAACCGAUGUGCUUGUUCUGAUCACUUUGCCGGUGUGGAUCUAUGCUUUCGUGCACGGCUGGGCCUUUGGAGAACCAUUGUGUAAACUCCUGAGCUGUGUCAUCUACUGCAACAUGUAUGCAAGCAUCUUCCUCAUCACCGUGAUGAGUGUCGAGCGCUUCAUGGCUGUCAUUUACCCUUUUGCCAGCCAGCGAUGGCGCCGAAGCAAAGUUUUCGUGAGGGUGGUGCUCGCCAUCUGGAUAUUGGCCUUUCUCUUUUCAGUUCCAGUGCUGAUUUACCAGGCAGUGGGUGACGAUGACACUGGGCAGCAUCAAUGCCUGUACAUGCAAUUCGACACCGAUCAGCAGGAAAUGUUGUGCACAGUGUUACAAAUUGUUGUUGGUUUUCUAAUUCCCUUUUCAGUGCUGUCUAUUUGUUACUUUUGCAUUGGGAGGAAAGUGAAACAACUGAGCUUUAAUACUCAAAACAGAACUGGGGCAGUGAUCAGCAGUGUGCUGAUUGUGUUUUUUAUCUGCUGGGCGCCUCACCAUGUUUUAAAUCUGAUUUCAGUUAUAGCACUGAUGAGCAAGACAACGGAUCAAACCCUGUCAGAUACAUUAACCGAUAUCUAUAAUAGUGGUAUCUACAUUGCUGGAGCUCUGGCUUUCAUUAACAGCUGCAUCAAUCCUGUAUUAUAUGCAUUUGCUGCCCGGAAUAUCCGUAAUGGUUUUCGACUAUCAGCCUUGGCCAAGUUAUUUGACCAGAUGACUCAUUCUGUUAAAGAAGAAUCUCGAAAAGGAUGCACGGAUACUACAAAAAAGGACACAAGUGCCACUAUGGAGGAGAUGCACUCUCUGCAGGUUAUUUAAGGUGUUAUUUGUCUUAUUCAACGAAACAAAUUUGGUAAAGCUUCCUCUCCCUCCCCCACCCGUCUCUCCCCGCCUUCUCGCUCCCUUCCCCCAUCACCACUGUACUCCAAGUAGCAACUGUUGCCAAGACAGGAGGAAACUUCUGGGUCUCCUCCUGUGUAGGUUGGAGGAGUCUCGCCCUGCGGUAGCUGUCUGAUCUGUUCACCCUCCUUUCAUUGAAACCUCCGCAAAAUGCUGCAGCUGAGGCAGAGAAAGAGUUGUGUAAAACAAUAACUCACUGUUCCUGGUUACUCAGUGUGCCAUGCCAUUGGCAUUCUUAAAUGUUAUUUGCGCUAACUGGUUUUCUGGCUAUUAUAGUCAAGAAAGUUUGAUAAUUAAAGUUAGUACUAAAAUGGUAGAGGGAUUUUGAGGACUUUUUACUUCGAGCUUUGACAGUUGUCCCCUUCAGGUUGCUUGCUAUCAUUAAUUCACCUCUUGCUCUCGGGUGAAAUGGCUUUGAGUCAGGAAUUUUCCUAUGGCUACAUGGUGCAAGCGUGUGGCAGGGAUCAUCGUUUCAUUGUCGUGGCUACUGUUUUGCUUUGCCUUCAGAUGACAAAUAUCCCUUUGUCCAGUCCGUCAUUCGGCACUUGUGCUAACCAAACUCAGCAAACUAUAGCAAGGGAGCCCCACCACCAUCUGUUUGGAAUUGGAGUUUAAUCUUAAUUGCAAUGUAAGUAAUUAUAUUUGAAUUCGUACACUGGUGCUGCCAAUGUCAGCUCUGCUAAUUACGAAUAUUUAAAUAAAAACAAUUCUCCUCAGCAGUGUGACCUUUCACAGAAAGGACACAGAAUUUUACCCUCUUACUCGUUAUUGAUUAUUGCCGUGCCUUUCCUUCACUCAGGAGGGCAGGGACAGUUAGAGCUCAUAGCCGUUCAAUGGCAGCUCCAAUUACCAAAUAACUGGGGUGGUUUGGUUGUGGCUCUUUCAGCUGUCCUGUGCCAGCUAUCCCACUGAGAAUGAUUCCGUACAUUCUCGUUCAGGAAAACUGGGAAAGCUGCAUAUAAAGCAGACACGUUUCAAAUUCAAUCAGGAAUAGCUUGUAAGCCCAUAUUAAACCACACAAGCAGUCUGUGUAUGGGUAAAUCACCUACAUAUUGACUUGAACUUCCAGCAUUAUAAAUCACAUUCAUUUUCUGUGCUAUAAUGAUGAUUUGAAAUGUAUACCAUGGCUAUUUAUAUUGCUGAAUCGCAGAAAUCAAAGUUACAAAGAGAGAAUAUCAUGGUUGUUUUUCCUUUAAAAUACUUUCUAAAUUAACUUUCAAACUCCUGAGUUCCUUUUUUAUUCACUUUGCUGUGGUGUUGGAAUGUCAGCCUGUAUAGAGCUAAGCUAUUGAUAGGCUGUCAUAUUGAAGGGAAAGAGCCGUCAUAUAACCAGACUUUAUUGCAUUAAGUUAACCAUUGCCUUAUAUUAAAUUAAAUGUGAAAUUAGUACAGGGAAUUCUAAUGCUUCAAAAUUGAAAGCAUUGGUGAAGCAUUUAAAUGUAUACUGGGUCCUAUUGAUAACGAUUUUCAGUUUUGGAUGAAAGAUAAAUAAUCUGAUACGCUAUUUCAUUUUACAUAAUAUUAAAGAGCAAAACAAAGCAUCCAAGGAAUACUGAUUUUCAGCCACAAUGGAAAAGAUUUCCUCAGAAUGCAAUUAAUUCCUGUAUGUUAGCACUGGGUUAGAAAUACUCCAGUGCAGCACUUUCAACACAUGCUGCUGACAUCUGAUGACACCAAAGUUUAAUUCAGGCAUUUUAUUCCUGUAUGUGUGAGAGGUGGUUCAGUGAUUCUGAUUGCGAAGGUGGUAAAGUUUAAGUCCCACAGCAUGUCAUCCAGGCCAGUAUUUCAGUGAAGCACUGAGGGUGUGUUGCAUUAUCAGAGGUGUUAUAUAUCAAGAUGAGGUGGCAAACUAAGGCACUGCCUUCCUUCUCAGGUGUAUGUAACAGAUCCCCAAUCAUUUCCUUGAAGAAGAACAGGGAAGUUCUCCUGGUCAAUAAUUAUCCCUCAACCAAAAUCACUAACACAAAUUAUCUGGUCAUUUAUCUGAGGUAUUUUUCUGGAGUUUGCUGUGUACAAAUUG